AUGGCUUCAGCUACAGCCCCCACAACUCUCUCCCUCCUCCCCACCACGAAAUCCUCCUCCACCUCAUCCGCCACUCCUUCUUCCUCCCGCGUCCACCUCUCCUCAUUCCUCGGCGGCCGCCCACUCCGCCGACUCGGCUUCGCAGCUGCCGAUCCCUUGCUGGCAGUGCAGGUGGCGUCCAAGGUGAGGUCAGUGAGCGGGAGAGGAGUGAGAGGUGUGGUGUCCAUGGCCAAGAAGAGUGUGGGGGAUUUGAGUGCGGCGGAGUUGAAAGGAAAGAAGGUUUUUGUUAGGGCGGACUUGAAUGUUCCUCUUGAUGAUAAUCAGAAUAUUACUGAUGAUACUAGGAUCCGUGCCGCUGUGCCAACUAUCAAAUAUCUUAUUCAGAAUGGUGCCAAAGUCAUUCUUUCCAGUCACUUGGGACGGCCAAAGGGUGUUACUCCCAAAUACAGCUUGGCACCUCUUGUUCCCCGGCUCUCAGAACUCAUUGGAAUCGAGGUUGUUAAGGCCGAUGACAGUAUUGGUCCAGAAGUAGAAAAGUUGGUGGCUUCCCUUCCGGAGGGAGGAGUUCUUCUUCUAGAAAAUGUGAGGUUUUACAAGGAGGAAGAAAAGAACGAUCCCGAGCAUGCCAAAAAGCUUGCUGCACUAGCAGAUCUUUAUGUGAAUGAUGCUUUUGGUACUGCUCAUAGGGCACAUGCAUCAACAGAGGGAGUCACUAAAUACUUGAAGCCAUCUGUUGCUGGUUUUCUUUUGCAAAAGGAACUUGACUACCUUGUUGGGGCAGUAUCGACCCCAAAAAGGCCAUUUGCUGCAAUUGUGGGUGGUUCCAAGGUCUCAUCUAAAAUUGGAGUGAUUGAGUCACUUCUAGAAAAAGUUGACAAACUUAUUCUCGGUGGAGGGAUGAUCUUCACAUUUUACAAGGCACAAGGUCUUUCGGUUGGUUCAUCCCUUGUAGAGGAAGAUAAGUUAGAGCUUGCUACAACACUACUUGCGAAAGCCAAGGCAAAGGGGGUGUCACUCUUGUUACCGAGUGAUGUCGUGAUAGCAGACAAAUUCGCUCCUGAUGCAAACAGCCAGAUUGUGCCAGCAUCUGCCAUUCCUGAUGGUUGGAUGGGAUUGGAUAUUGGUCCAGAUUCUAUUAAAACAUUCAAUGAAGCAUUGGAUACCACCCAAACCAUCAUAUGGAAUGGACCAAUGGGAGUGUUCGAGUUUGACAAGUUUGCUACUGGGACAGAGGCUAUUGCAAAGAAGUUGGCUGAGCUAAGUGGAAAAGGGGUGACAACUAUUAUUGGAGGAGGAGACUCUGUUGCAGCUGUGGAGAAAGUAGGAGUUGCUGAUGUCAUGAGCCACAUAUCCACCGGUGGUGGUGCAAGUUUGGAGCUAUUGGAAGGCAAAGAGCUUCCAGGUGUCCUCGCUCUCGACGAAGCCACACCAGUUGCCGUGUAA